AUGCCAUCAAAGAGAAGAACACAAAAUCAGUACAAUGGAAUCCCGACAAAACGCAGGAGCGUCACUGGUUGUCUGUCCUGUCGAAGAAGGAGAAAGAAAUGUGAUGAAACCAGACCAAACUGUAAGGCGUGUAUUCGCAAUUUUCUUGAGUGUAUGUGGCCACAAGAUCACAAUGUAAAGCAAAGUUUACCUUUCGCCUUAUCGAACAAGAAGAAACUUAGUCCUCCGUGCCAACAGGAUAAAUUAGAGAGCGGAUCAGUUGAAUUUAAUCUGUUUCUUCUCAAAGAUGCUAAGUUUUUGAAACUAAAGAGCUCUUCCGUGCGGAUAUUCGAUGUCCUAAUCGCUGACACGAGUAAGGGGGUGAUCUUCAGGUACGAUUCGCCUGACUGCAAUCAUAGCACUUUAUCUGCAUUCGAAAGCGAUGACGAUGUUUACGGUUUAUCGACCAACUCGCAGGGAUCGGAAGGUUCUAAUGAUGCAUUCACAGAGGAUUUUGAUCCUCCCAAAGGUGAUGUCAGCUGUGAACAUUUGGAUUUGCAGGUGGAUCCUUUCCCCCAAAUCGAAGUACCAAGGAAUGCCCUUAUCCACCAUCCUCACGAUUCGAAUAGUUUUCACGAGGUCCUUGAUAAUACGAAUUUUGCAACGGAGAAAACGUUCGAUUCUCUUUUUCGAAGAUGCAAAAAUAAAGAAAUAAUUCCUGAUAAUGAGUUCAACAACAUUGAUCUUGAGAAUUUUGCGUUUUACGCCUGUAUUAAGGGGUAUAUUCCUAAAAUGACGACACAAUAUACGCACCAAAAUCUAACUACAGCAGCUGCGUUCAUUCCCCAACUUGAAAAGAAUCCAAUAAUGCGGGAGGUGUUUCUAUGUUGCGGAGCGACAUAUUUGGCUUGGAAUAAUUUGAGGAGGUUUCAAAAUAUGAGUGACGAAUUAUAUAUAAACUGCAAAAUUUUGAUACAGAACUUCAUCGACAAAAAUGAUAAUUACGCGGACGAGGAUUGGCUUUUUGGAGCCCUACAAUUAUUGUGUAAUCGUGAUAAGAAUGCUCUGACAGCCACGGAAGAAGAUGCUAAGUGGCACUUAAUGAGGGCGUUUGAUAUAAUUCGCCUACGGUAUUACGGAAAAGAAGCUAAAAAUUUUGAGCUAUCGAUCAUUGACAUUAUUUCAAAUUCCAACCUUAUUUUGAGACCAGAAGAAAGAACUUUGAUUGAAAGUUUUAUUUUCCAAUAUUCCGUGUCAAUUCUUUUCAUCGAGAAGGUUGAUGAAUUGCCCAAUCCCUUCACAAUCUUCAAGAUUCUUAAUGUUGUUCUGAAAUGUCGUGUCUACAAUUGUGAACACACUGCUGAUUGGAUGAGCAAUCCAAUACUGGGCCCUUCUUUGGACUCUUUCGAGCUUUUGGCAAAAUUAUCGUAUAUUGGCCAUAUGCAACUCCCGCUUAAUAGGGAAUUGUCUGAACGAGUAGCAAGCUUACGGAAGAUGUGUGAUUACUAUACUCCAGCGGCUCCCUCAAAGAAAAUGACUGAUAUACAGUGGCAAAACUUUCAAAUUAACUCAAAAGCAGGGAUAAUUACAUCAAGAGCUUGCUGGUUAUUUGCCUGCAAGCUUUUGGAUUUCGAUUCGUUUGAUAUUAAAGCUCCAGACAUUCAGAAUGCAGUUAAAAAAGUACUAGAUGGUUGUAGGAAAAUACCCACAGGUAAUAGAGUUUGGGGUAUUUUACCCUGGGCUCUUUUCGUGACUGGUAUUUUUGCAGUUGAUAUCGAUGAUCGAACAUUUAUUUUAGGGUUAAACGAUAUGAUGGCAGAGCGAGCACACAGUUAUAAUGGCUUCAGAAUAUCUACAUUUUUGCGCAGGGCUUGGGCAUCCGAUAAUGCACCAAACUUUCUAUUUGAUAGAAGUACUCUCACGCGCGUUAACAUGUGA